CUGACGUAGGACACAGAAGUCAUGGUAGGCAGAGUUAUAAAAGUCCCGUUCACCUGCGCAGAUUCAGUAUAUCAACGGCCAGUCUUCUUGUCCUACAAUACUCGCUACAUCUGAUAUCACCAGCUUCUCAAUAUCUCUUUCCAUCAAGAUGCGCUCGGCAAUGAGCUUCGCCGCAAUGGCGCUUGCCGCAGGUGCAAUUGCUGCUCCGACGAGCACGAUCGCCAAACGCCAACUUAGCUUUGUGGACAUUCCAACAGGCUAUCUGCAAGGCUUCAAGAAUCCGACCGUACAGUCGUCAGCCGGAGGCCAAGCCAUUUGUAUAUCAGGCAUGGUGGACGUCACCGCGUCUGCGAACAACAUCCAAAUCAAGCUUCCAGACCCUACAAAUCAGACCGAGGUCAGCGAGCGUAUAGCCGAGUUUCUUCAAGUCAACUCGACGCUCGGUCAGCAAGCCCUCGGUGGUCCCAACCCUGUCAAUGGAACUUUUGGGAUAUACUCGCAGCUCUGCUUCCCUGCCGCCACCGGCACGAUCAAUGCUACAACCAUUGAGUUCCUCAUACACGGUGCCGGCCUCGACCGAACUUACUGGAACACCGCGCCAGGCUACUCCUACGUUGACUAUGCUGCCCAGCAAGGAUACACGACUUUCUUUUACGAUCGUCUUGGUUGGGGUCUCUCAGAUCAUCCCGAUGGGACACAGAUCGUACAGCUUCCGCUUCAGGUUGAGAUCGCGCACGAGCUCAUCCAACUUCUGCGUACCGGUGGCAUCGCCAAUCAGACCUUCGAGUACGUCGUAGGCGUUGGACACUCUUUCGGCAGCUCCCAGACCAACAGACUCACGGCACUACACCCAGAUGACCUUGACGCAGCGGUUUUGACAGGCUUUUCGACCGACAAUAGUGGCAUGGCAGCCGGUUUCGCCGGGUUCGGUCUGAGUAUCGCCUCACAGAUUAACCCUCUUCGGUUUUCGGAUCGAUCAAAUAGUUACCUUACCGGUCCUACCAUCGAGGGUACUCAACCAUUCUUCUUCCGAUGGCCGGGCUUUGACGUUGCAGUUCUUGAUAUCGCCGAGGAAACCAAGGCGGGGAUCACUUGGGGCGAGUUCUUCGUCAAUGGUCAAUCGGUCGCCAGUAACUUCACUGGGCCUGUAGAUGUGGUCAACGGCGAAUCCGACUUGCCGAACUGUCACGGUAACUGUCUGAUACCGUCCAACAAACUCACUACUGUCAAGGAUGCAUACUACCCGGCUGCGAGCUACUUCAGCUGGUAUAUUGGGCCGGAUGCUGGACAUGCAUUGAACCUCCACUAUGCAGCACCUGGGGCAUAUGAGCAUAUUCACAAUUUCCUCAGGACACAUGGAUUGUAAGGUGCAGACAUUGUAAGGGAGUGGCAGAAUAGUCCGUGAGUGAGCGAAUGAGGCACAUGUCAGGAGGUUCUGCUCAGUCAAAAGCUAUGUGGCAGUAAUGAGGUCAGACGUUAUGUUUAGCUAUCUUUCUUUCGCACAAUAAUCCCAGGGUAUGAUCUCUUCAGCCUGAUUUUUCAUUCAAAGUCUCAAUCGCGGAGCGUCAGCGACUUGUGUUGAAUUGGCGGUC